ACAAUACUCACUAUUUCUACAAAGAACGUAUAUUUUGUGAAUUAUUGUUUGUACGGUACUGUAAAAAUUUGAGUUUUUAAAGUAAACUUCUUGUCUAUGUCUUCAUGAAUAAUCAUCAAUUGGAGUGGUUUAAUAUUUUCUAUAAUUGCAAUGAGGACCCAAAGCAUCAAUUGAAAACCGUAAGGAACCGCUUGGCCUCGGGAAAACAUAUCCAACAAGCUGCGGGGGCCGCAGGUUUGUUCACAGAAUUUCUUCCUGCGCAGCUCGAAGCUUCUGUAUCCCAACAACCAUACAGUCCUCUUUCUUGGCAAAUACUUGCAAAUUCUGUUGCUGGUGAUUCACCCUUAGAGGAUGAGGCAUGGAGCUAUCUUACCAAAUUUCCUCCCAAGCUGCCUUUGCCAGUCACAAGCGCUCAAUGUUCUGCAUUUGAAAUUUCGGUUUGGUAUCUUAUACUGAACAGUAAACAGAGGUUGCACCAAUUAUGCACCUCUCCUGCUGGACUAUACCUUCUCGAUAUCUUGGUUGAUCAGGAUCGUCAUCCAGAUUGGCAGAGAGAGAGUAUUCUUUUUCGUAUUGUUAGUCAUAUUUUAAGUAAUGGCUAUGCAGAAGUUCUUAUCAAACGUGCAGCUUUAUUGGGAUUUCGAUCCAUCUACUUCGUUGUAGAUGCCAUGACUCGUGAACCGUUUGGUGCAGUGGAUCUAUCCCUGUUUCCCACUCUUUACCUAAUUAUUCGCUUAAUAGCUAAGCAACUUCAUGAGCGUAUUUCUUUUAUGGAUAAAUCUAAUAUUUCAGAAGCUGAUCUAACCAUCAUCACUUACUUAUCUGAAAGCUAUAAACUAGCUGUUAGUCUUCUUUUCACUCAAUAUGAGAGACUCACCCUCUCACAGAAUGACCCAACUCAACGAAUUGAUAUCCCUUACGCAUUCAAGCGGUAUGCUCAUGACUCUUCGUUGGCCACCAAGGAAGUACUUCUUUUACUUUGCAUCCUUGAUCAACAAGUUCCACGCAAAACGCUUGUUCAAAAAACACCUAUUCCUUCCGGAAGCUUCUCCGAUUUUUGUGAAGCUGUAGGAGGAGUUAAACGCGAAUGUGUCCAUUUCAUCACCUUUGCCUCGCACAUGUAUCCAGCUACUCAGGACAUUGUUAGAAAUGCCGACGGUCUGUCAGUGAUAUUAUCUCAGUGUAACAUCGAUGAUUUGAAUCCGUACCUUCGUGAGGUUUCUGUUUUUUGUAUCCGCCACUUGUUGCAAAACAAUCCUGAGAAUCAAGCCUAUGUUGCUAACCUAAAUGCUGUAGGUGUUAGUAAAUCUGAGGUUUUGGAAAAAGCCGGCUAUGACUCUCAAAUUGACAAUGAUGGAAAGGUGAAAUUAGUAUCUAAAAAAUCGUCCUAAAUAAUUUCAUCAGGAUAUCAGUAUGAGAAAUACACAUUCGUUAUAAUGGACUUUAUUUUAUUAUAUACAUCUAGGUACUUUUACAUUUUUGUGACUCAAAUUAGAUUAACGAAUAAUGAUUAUUUUUUUAUUAA